AUGUCUGCUUCGUGGAAGGUUUCAUUCAUAUCGCCUCUCAUGGGAGCAGCAGAAGACGAAGCAGCACCAGCAGCAACCCCAGCAGCAGCAGCAGCAACAGCAGCAACAACAACAUUAUCAGCAGCAAAAGCAGCACCUGCGGAAAUGCAGGAACGUCACCGCGGCAGCGACGCAGACGAACACCCCAUCAGGUCUUACAGAAGCAGCAGCAGCAGCAGCAGCAGCAGCAGGGCGAGGAGACCAGAUGCAGCAACGGAGCAGCAGCAGCAUCACCGAACGCAUUCCCGGCUGCAGCAGGCGAUCCCCUACGAGCAGCAGCAGCAGCAGAAACAGCAGCAGCAGCAUCAGCUGCGGCGUCGUCAUGACGGCUACCAUGAUCGUCAAUACCAUCAUCAUCAUCCUCAUAAGCAGCAGCACGAGCAGCAGCAGGAGCAGCAGCAGCACCAGCACCAGCACCGUCGUGUGCAGCGGCAGCAGCAGCACCAUUUGCAUAGUGGAGGUAGCUUCGUUUUACCUCCUAGCAACAGCAGGGUGGGUAGCAGCAGGCGCAGCAGCAGCAGGAGCAGCAGCAGCAGGCGUAGCAGCAGCAGGAGCAGCAGCAGCAGCAACAGCAGCAGAAGGAGGAGAAGAAGACGAAGCAUUUCGUCUCCUCGGCUUGCCUUUGAUGACAACUCUGCGCAGCAUGGGGCCUUUCACUCUGUCUCUUCGCAGCAUAGAGAAGCAAUGAAGGAUUUAUGCAGCAGCAUAUACAGAUUGCGUGUCUGGUGUAUGCUCGAUGAGCUGCUGGCUUUGCUGCUAGCACCUUUUCUUCUUUGUUUCUGUCUUCCUGCUGCAGCUGAUGAUAUCUGUGAUUGUAUUUAUGCAUGCACUGUCUCUACUCCUUUCGGGGACCUCUGCUGCUUCUCUGGUCUUGAUGUUGCUGCAUAUGGGUCGAAAGACUAUGCACCACCCCCCUUCCUGCAGCAGCAGCAGCAGCAGCAGCAGCAGCAGCAGAGGCAGAAGCAGAAGCACAAGAAGGAUGAGGAUAAGGCGGGGAGGCUAGGAAGAGAAGGAGAGAGCACCAGCAUGGCUUCUUCUUCUUCUGCUGCUGCUGCUGCUUCUUCUUCUUCAUCUUGCUUUAGCAAAGGGAUUGCAACAUCAGGGCCUUCAUUAGAAACAGCAGGAGGUGUGCAUACACCUGGAGGGGGCCCCUCAGCCCCUGCUGUAUCUUUGCUGCAGCGAUUUCUUCCUACAGGAGGCAAGAUAGAGAAGAGCGCUAUAUCAUUUCUUUUAACUUAUAGAAUUGCUGCUCCGCAUGAUGACACCUCACCACUCUGGGCUGUAUUGGCAUCUCGAAAACUCACGCGAAGCCUUAUUGCUGCUUCAGCAAGAAAUGCAAGCGUGCGGGGCACUCCUUCUUUGUUUGGCGGUAGUCAUUAUGCUGGUUCAUUACAUUUAAGCAAUGCUCAGGAGAGUUGCUGCUGCUGCUGCAACAGCAGCAGCUGCAGCAGCUGCAGCAGGGGGGCCCCCCCCAUGGAGCCAUUGAUUAACUGGGGGGCCCCUCCUUCUGCUGUUGCUCUUUUAAAGGGUAUUGAGUCUUUUCAUCGUUUGCUGCUGCAGCAGCAGCCGUUCUUGCUGCAGGAGUUGCCGGCAUGCUUGACGCAGCUGCGGGGCUCUGAUUGCAGCCCUGCUGCUGCUGCUGCUGCGGGUGCUGGUCACGCUGCUGCUGCUGCUGCUGCUGCUGCACCAGCAGCUUGGGGGCCCCUCCAUGCUGCAUGCGGCCCCAGACCCAUUAGCGAUGAAGAGAGAGGAGCAUACUUCUUCUGGUUAGAGAAGCUUUAUGAAUUUAACUCAGGCCGUGUUCUUUUUGCUACUAAUCAAUUAAACUUCUUCACCAGGGCCCUAUUCAAACAAACGGUAGCACCAAACCCCACCUGCAGCAGCAGCAGCAGCAGCAGCAGUAGCAGCAGUGGGGGGCGUUGGGGGAAGGCAGGGAGUGCCUUGGGGGCCCCUAGGGGCCCCUGCAUACAUAGCAGAAGAACUGCAGCAGCAAAACGGAGAGGCCGUCGCAGCAGGAGAAGCAGAUGCAGCAACUACCGCCACAUCAGCAGCAGCAGCGGCUGCUGCAGCAACACCAGCAGCAGCAGCGAAGAUGUUCACCCACGUCAGCUGCAGCACAAGCAACACGACGUGAGGCUGAAGCAGCAGCACCAUCGGGCUCUCCAGCAGCAGCAGCAACAGCAACAACAACAACAGCAGCAGAACCAAUGGCACUCUGCCUCACAUGUGCAGCAGCAGCAGCAGCAGUUCCCUUUGCCCAAUACUUCCUGCAGCAGGAGCAGCAGCAGCAGCAGCUGCUGCCCCUCUGUCUCUUCAGCUGUUGCAAACCCGUUUCAGCCAAAGAGGCUUCAGGGCCCAUCAGCUCCACUGAAGGAGGGGGUCCCCCAUGAGCAGCAGCAACUGCAGCAGCAGCUGCAGCAGCAGCAACUGCACCACCAGCAGCUGCAGCAGCAGCAACUGCACCACCAGCAGCCACAGCAACUGCACCACCAGCAGUUGCAGCAGCAGCAACUGCAGCAGCAGCAGCUGCAGCAGCAGCAGCUGCAGCAGGGUGUGGGGCCCCUCCGUCCUCCAACAGACGACAGCCACACGACACAGCUUCUAUACGGAGAGGCAGCAGCAGAAUUGCGGACGUGUACACCCCAGAGAGGACCCGCUGAAGGCAGCAGCAGGAGCAGCAGGAGCAGCAACAGCAGCAAUGGGGGCUACCAAUCUGCGUCUGUAUCUGCAAUGAAGCACCAGCCACUAACGCUGCAGCAGCAAGUGCUGCUGCAGCGGUUGCUGCAUCAGCAGCAGCUGAUGCACCAGCAGCACCAGCAGCAGCAAGAGCAGCUUCAGCAGCAGCUGCAGCAACAGCAAAUGCUGCUGCAGCAGCAGUCGUGCUGCGAUGAAGCGUUUGAUGCCGGGGAUGAGGACGAGCUGCUGCAUCUGCUGCGGCAGCAGCAGAUGCAGCAGCAGCAGCAGCAGCUACAGCAGCAACAGCAGCAGCAGCAGCAGCUCCUACACAGCCUCCAUCAGCAACAGCAGGCUCGCCCGCCUGCCUGCCGUAUCUCGGAGCAGGAGCACCUAUACCAACUGCAGCAGCAGCAGCAACUGCAGCAGCAGCAGCUGCAGGAGCAACGGUUGCUGCAGCAGCAGCUACUGCAGCAGCAGCAUAACUUGCAACAAGAGGAAGACGAUCCAGCGCAGUGGGAUUAG